AUAACGUGAUCAUAAUAAAUGAUCAGAGUCAUUCUGGGAGAGUCAAGGAUAGACAAAACAAUUGCUGGCAUAGGCCAGAAAUAGCGCGCGCCUUUUACAGCUGUUUAAGCGGUGCCUUUGUGAGACAGCGACAUGUGAAAUUUACCUCUGUAAAGAAACCGAAAAUGCGCACAGCCAGUGAAUCUACAACGGUGGAGUUAUGCGCGCAGUAAGCGUGGGAACGCCGUGUGCAAGAUUUUCUCACUUUCGACUUUAUCUCCGCUCGGAGAAGUCCUUUUUCGAGAAGGCUCUACAAUUGAGUAUACAGAUAAGUCUAAAUAACGAGAGGAAAUCCCAGUAUAUCGAAAGAUGGGAAAGCGGAAAUCAAGCCAGAGCCGGGUGGCCCGCCAACCAAAGAUUGCUAGGCCUAGACAGUCUACAAGAUUAAGGCAGUCUAGCAACGACACCACUCAAGACGUACUCGGCACCUCAACUCCCCGGCGGGCGGGGCGGCCAAAACGGGCGAGGCACUCGAGCGGCAACCCCAACAGUGGACGCUCAGCCACUACCAGCAUAAACCCGGCUCCGGAGACUGACGGACCACAAUACAGUGGAAACGAGACAACUGGAGCGAACCAGUCAUCAAGCCAGCCGCCUUCACAUGCACAGCCAAUGCAAGAGACAACCGGCGACAGGAUCUGGAUCGUAGGCGACAGCUUGGUCAGACGUGCCAAGCAGAGGGCGAACAUGCUCAACCACCAAGAUUUGGGAAGAGCAAGAGGGACGGUCCAAUGGCACGGUCAGGGAGGAGCGACGUUACAAGACCUUCCGCGCCUGGUGGAGAAUAGGUUGAGAUACAACCAACGAGCACCUGCGCUAGUAAUCGUGCAUUUAGGAACAAAUAACUUGGGCCUGAAUGAUGCCUUUGUGGGGAUCAUCCGUAGGAGAUACUAUCCUACCGGCAGGUCACGUAAACCCCAGGGACCUGGGGUGAUCGGAAGGAGUUACUAUCCCUCCGCUGAUCACGUGACCGGAGAUCCCUACAAUUUUGAGUUUCACUCAUGGUACAUGUACCCUUAA